AUGACGGAGCCUCCACCCGACGAAAAUGACGCCCUACUUGCCUUUCGUUACGGGGACAGUACUACAUCAGUGGCCAGUCAAGCAAAUAAUCCGUCGGACGAAAGCGUUACAUCAGGGUCUGCGACAGAACGAGCACAAUCCUCUGACCAGAAUGCACCAGGAUCCAUAUCAGGGGGUCUUACAACGAGGGGUACACCUGUACCGGUUCAUAGAUCACAACCUCAAACUCCUCGCAUGAGUCAGAGCAGUCGACCAUCACCACACCAGCAUCAUCCUUCGCAGGUGCAGCAACAAUCACAACCACAAUCCCAGUCACAAUUGCAUCAACAACUGCCGCAACAGCUCAGUUCACAGCCCCUGCCAAUUCAGCAAGAACAUAAACAUCAUAUCCAGCAAAUUCCAACUCAAGCCCAACAGCUGCCACAACAACAUCUUCAGCGACAAACUCAGCAUCAUCAACUACCGCCCCCACCACUGCCUCGAGAUCAGUCUCAACUGCAGCCGAUAAGGGUGCCACAACCGUCCAAUCUGUACAAUAGACAAUAUCCAUCGUCAUCAUCCUCAUCACAACAAUCUCAAUCCCAGUCGCAUUCUCAAUUACAGCAGCAGUCACAACCUCAGUCUCAGGGUCAGUCAUCCGGUCAUACUGAAGAUACCUCCUCCUAUAGCUUCCCAUCGUAUUCCAUUCCUCUCAGUCCUCCACCUCAACAUAGACAGCAGCAGCCUGUACAGUCGAGUUCUUACUAUGGAAGAGCAGCUCCCUCGGUAUUAUCACCACCGUUACAGACCCAGUCACGAACCUUUGAAACGCAAUACCAGUCACAACAGCAACUUCAAGCGCAGACCCAGCCUCAAUCAUCACAGUCCCAACAGCAUUAUCCGCUACCGUCUCCACCGUUAGCAAUGAGUCGGCUGCCUCAAACGCAACUAUUGCCGCCUGGUACACAAAUGCACUCUGCUUCAUCCGGUGGUAGUUCAGGGAUGCCUUCGGGUCUACCAAGUUCGUUGCUUUCAGGACUGCCAUCAGGGUUUGCUCCGAAUCUCUCGACUGCUUUGCCAUCUGCAUUACAACCUCCAGGGGGUCCAUUCUCUUAUACUCCGACUUUUGCAUCCACUACACCAGUAAGGAACCCACGGUCCGAUCCAAGAAGUUCGGGUGGCCCUAGUCGGCGAAGGAGAACGAGUUCAAAACGAUCGCUUGAAGAAGCUAUUCUAGAGUCUGCUGCUCCUACCAAUAUCAAUAUCAAUAUCCCAACCGAUAUGGGAUACGGUGGCGGUUCCAGCAGGUAUUCUGGUGGGUAUGGGAGUAGUGGAUCUAGAGCAUUUCGGCAAAUUGGUUUAUUACGUCCUGUUGAGGCACCUGAUGAAAGUGAAUUUGGAAACCCAUUUGGGGUGGCUUCUCUAAGAAGUGGCGAUACAUUCACGUUACCGCUGAACGUCGCCGAACCACCGUUAUCAUCAGCUAUACCGCCAAAUCCCAAUGCACUUCAGCCAGAUCAACGACCAAGGCCGAAAAAGAAAUCCAAAUACACUCAAGAGCAGGAUAAUAUCAUUCUUGAGAUGAAAAGAGCCGGCAAGUCGUGGCCUGAGAUUGCUGAAGCUGCUGAAUGUACUGAUCACUUGGCAGCCCGUAAUCGAUAUCAAGUGUUGAUUGGACAACAAGGAGGCGGUGCUGUGGUAUGGGAUGCUCAGGAUAUAGCUAGCAUGAAAGGAUUGUUGGAAGAAGGAGAAAAAGUCAAGUGGGAACAUGUGGCCUCAGAAUUAACUCGCAUGAGAUCAAAGUCGAUAACUGCCGAGCAAGUACGAGCUAAAAUCAGGCAAUUGUUUGACCAAAGCCCAGAUUUUUUCGGUAUAGUUAUCGAUCAGAAUAUCAUGCCAUUUGCAUCUGCGGGAGGUGCACUACCAGGACUUCCUCUUCCAACAUUUCAUCACUCUCAGCAAGUAAGUGCUGCUCCUCCUCCUCCACCGCCACCACUUGGAUAUACGCUGCAAACGCAGCAACAACCAUCCCACCAAUAUCAGGGCCAGUCUCAAUCGCAACAGUAUCAACAACAAUUGCCGAGCCAGUCUGGAUCCUCAUCACUGUCUAUGCCAUACUCCACACAACAGCAUCUUGGAAUACAACAUGAGUCUGUGCCUUUCCCAUCAGACCCGUCAUCAAGAUAUGGCGGUGGCUAUGGCGGCAGUUCGAGCAGUUCUCAAGACCCUGGUUCACAUGAUCUGUAUCCUCCCUCGACUGGACAAAGUGGCUAUGGAGGACCGUCCGAAUAUAUGCCAACUCGACGGUAG